AUGGCGGCUAUUUGCUCCUUGCCUCUCCAUUCUACAGCACAGUCGUGGGAGAAGGCGGACAAUCGAGCACCCGUGCCCGGCAACAGCCGUCUUCUGGCACCAUAUAGCUGCAGCAUUAGCAGCAAGACAUACAGCGGUCGCGACAGCCUCCAGCACAAGCCUCAACAUCAGCUGCCGCCUAACGGGAGUCGCGGGUUGGACGCAGCCUCCGUCGCGGGGCAUUCUGUACAGAAAAAAUUCCGACAGAUCAAACCCUCUUUCGAUCUAAACAAAUCUCCAUCAUUCGGCAUGACUGCAAAGCACGGACAGCCAGCCCCCAUUCUCAAACGAUCCUAUUCCACACCUGCAGUGCACACCAUGGCGGACAGCGCGACAACUGCAGGAGAGAAGAAGCGCAACAAGCUGGGAUACCACAGAACAUCAAUAGCGUGUAGUCACUGUCGACGCCGGAAGAUUCGACUCAAGAAAGACUGCAGCUUCUUUCCUGUUGACCAGCAAUCCGGUGGAGAUCCCCAAGGCAAGUCUACCGGCCAAGGAACCGGUAGCUCGACAGCACACUCGCAGUCCUCCUCGCCUGCCCUUGGGCCUGGACAUCCCGUUGCAAUGCCUUCAGGGCCUCUGUAUGGGACGGGGCCGAUGCUAGACGCCAUCGGGCAUGCUGCUCCCACCGCCGGGUAUGCGAGCGUUGCAGGCGAAGGGCUAGGUAUACCGAUCCCCUCUGACCAGAACUUUACCAUCUCCUCCGAAUCAAGCCUCGCUUGGGGGUCCGCUGAGCCACGUCCAGUCGCCAUGCCUGGAUCUAUGGAUAUAGGCUAUGGCUGGCGUCCAUAUGGCAGCGUAUCCGGCCCUACCGAACAAAUAUCGCCUUUUGGCCCCGGGCCAACGACAGCGCCAACAUGGAUGGCGGCAACGCCUGGAUCGGCGCAGCUGAGCGACUGGAGCUGGGACAGCGGAAUGCCGCCGACGAUACCAGCGAGAUCUGUGUCCUUUAGCGGCGAGCUCUUGGGCCACCCACCGCCACAACUAGUCCCUGUUCCGAGCAAUGCGCCGCCGUACAGCCGGGGAGGACUGAAUGUAGGAAACCCGUUUUCGUCGCCGAUAAGCCAGGCCCCGGGACUACACCAUCUGCCUAGCCAAGCUGGCGACCCCAGCAGCAACUGGCAGGCACAACAGCAGCAGGUGCUCCAUCAACCACAACCCCAGCAGCAGCAGACCGCGAGUUUCGAGUCCUGGGGCAUGCCAAACGUCAGUGGUCCGCCCAUGUGA